UCCUUCCUGAAACUCCGCAGGCUUGAGUGUCAGUGUGUGGUGUGUUUGAAGUGACUCUGCUGGGUGCUGUGAGGAGAGCUCAGGACAGCUCAGAACUCCAGACAUGAUGAGAAGAGGAGGAAUGGUUUACUAUGUUCACUGUCAACACAGACCAAAGUUUAAAGGAGCCAGCUGCAGGUUUCACCCUUCUGCAGAAGGACCUGAAUCAGUCAGGGCUGUAGUGACCUAUGAUGACGUGCAUGUGAACUUCAAUCAGGAAGAGUGGGCUUUGCUGGAUUCUUCUCAAAAGAGUUUCUACAAAGGUGUGAUGCUAGAGACCUAUAGGAAUCUCACAGCUAUAGGCUACAUUUGGGAAGAACAUACUAUUGAAGACCAUUUUCAAAGUUCUAGAAGUCAUGGAAGACAUGAGAGAAGUUUUACUGGAGAGCAGUCCUCUGAGUUCAUUCAAUGUGGUAAAGUCUUUCCAUAUCAGAGUCAUAGUCAAAGGCGUGAAAAAACACACAAUGGAGAGAGACCCUAUGAAUGUAACCAAUGUGGUAAAGCCUUUGUACGAAGCAGUCAUCUCCAGAUACAUAAGCGAACACAUACAGGAGAGAAACCCUAUGAAUGUAACCAGUGUGGUAAAGCCUUUGCACAAAGCAGUGCUCUUCAAGCACAUAAGCGAACACAUACAGGUGAGAAACUCUAUGAUUGUAAACAAUGUGGUAAAGCCUUUAGAGAAGGCAGUAGUCUCGAAUAUCAUAAACGAACACAUACGGGAGAGAAGCCCUAUGAAUGUAAUCAAUGUGGUAAAGCCUUUGCAGGAAGCAGUAGUCUCCAGCGUCAUAAAAGAAGACAUACAGGAGAGAAGCCCUAUGAAUGUAACCAGUGUGGUAAAGCCUUUGCAGGAUGGAAUGACCUCCAAUGUCAUAAAAGAAGUCAUACAGGAGAGAAACCCUAUGAAUGUAAACAAUGUGGUAAAGCCUUUACACAAAGCAGUAGUCUCGAGUAUCAUAAACGAACGCAUACAGGAGAGAAACCUUUUGAAUGUAACCAAUGUGGUAAAGCCUUUGCAGGAAGCAGUGGUCUCCAACGUCAUAAAAGAAGACAUACAGGAGAGAAACCCUAUGAAUGUAAACAAUGUGGUAAAACCUUUAGAGAAAGCAAUGGUCUUGAAUAUCAUAAACGAACACAUACAGGAGAGAAACCUUUUGAAUGUAACCAAUGUGGUAAAGCCUUUUCAGGAGGCAGUGGUCUCCAACGGCAUAAAAGAACACAUACAGGAGAGAAACCAUAUGAAUGUAACCAAUGUGGUAAAGCCUUUGUAGUAAGGAAUGACCUCAAAUGUCAUAAAAGAAUACAUACAGGAGAGAAACCCUAUGAAUGUAACCAAUGUGGUAAAGCCUUUGCACAAAGCAGUGGUCUUCAAAUACAUAAGCGAACACAUACAGGAGAGAAACCCUAUGGAUGUAACCAAUGUGGUAAAGCCUUUGCACAAAGCAGUGGUCUCCAAAUCCAUAAGCGAACGCAUACAGGAGAGAAACCGUAUAAUUGUAACCAAUGUGGUAAAGCCUUUGCAGGAAGCAGUGCUCUUCAAUUUCAUAAAAGAACACAUACAGGAGAGAAACCUUAUGGAUGUAACCAAUUUGGUAAAGCCUUUGCAUGAAGGAAUGACAUCCACACAGGAGAGAAACCCCAUGAAUCUAACCAGUUUGGUAAAACCCUUGCAAGAAGCAGUGGUCUUCAGUGUCAUAAACCGAAAACAAAAACAAAAAAAUAUAUACAGGAGAGAAACCCUAUGAAUAUCGACAAUGUUCUGAAGCCCUUGCUCAUCACAAUCAUCUUCAAAUCUAUAAAAGAACAUGUACUGCAGAGAAAUCUUCUGAAUGCCACUAAUGUGGUAAAGCCUUUGUACAAAAGAGUCAUCUCCUAACAGAAAAGAAUACACACUGGAUAGAAACCCUAUGAAUAUAAGCAAUGUGGUAAGCCUUUUGCAAGUCACAGUGCUCUCCAGGUAAGUGAAAGAAGACACACUCAAGAGAAACCCAAUGAAUAUCAUCAAUGAGAUAAAGCCUUUGUACACUGCAAUCACCUUCAAACACAUAAAAGAAGACAGGCAAGAAACCCUAUGAAUGUAAGCAAUUUGGUACAGCCUUCACUUGUCAGUCAUAUUCAAAGGCAUGAAAGAUAUCGUAAUGUAGAGAGCUGAGUGUAUUUAAUAUGGUGAAGCCUUCGCAUAUUUCUACAGUCUUCAUCACCAUGAAACAAUCCAUACUGCAUAGAAUUUUAUGAAUAUAUUUAAUAAUGUGAAGCCUUUUCAAAUUUUCGAAGACUUAAUCAUUAUGAAAGAGAAACCCUAUGAAUGCAUUCAAUAUGGGAAAGCCUUUGCACAUUUUUACAUUCUUCAUCAUCAUGAAAGUAAUCAGACUGGAUAAAAAGUCUGAGUAUAAACAAUGUGGUAGAGCCUUUCUGGUUUGAGCCUCUCUGGUUUGAGCCUGGUAGAGCCUCUCAUAAGCAACAGAAAUCAAACGUGUAACAAAAAUAACAGGGGUUUAUUGUAAUAAAGCUGCUCCUGGGUUAUGACUUGAGAGAACACUCAGAACCUAGUCUGUGAACCAUAAUGCACACAUCUCCCCCACUGUGCGCCAGAAUGUUAUAGAGCUGCCAUCCCAUAGUCAAAAUCUUUGACCCAGUAUUUUUCUUGUCUGAAAGAACUGCAGGAACAAGUAUGGAGAAGAGCCUGAGAAGAAGGAGGUCCAGUGAUGUUGCCCAGAUUGGGGUCCAGCUUAGCGGGAGGCCUCAAGGUCUGACACUGUUACUGGUGUUAGGGUGUGCUUACAAACAGGGGCCUAUCCUGACUGAGAUUUGUUUAAUUGUUUUUUUAGGAUAAAAAAGUGAUGUUGGUAAUUGUUUAAGUGUUUAUUAUGGGUAUACAUGGAGUAAAAUAAUCCAGGCCUUUGAUCUUAAAUGUAGGAAACAAAGGCAUAAAGAUAUACAGAUACCCUAUCUCAACAAAUAAUAAGAGGUAUUAAUUACUACACAUUCAAGAAUGAAUGGAAAAAUAAAUUUAAAGGAAAAUUUAAACGUCUAUGGCAGGGCAGGCACUUCGAUUCUUUGACUGUAGGCAACACAGGAAUGUUGGAUUUGCUGGCCAGGUGGGACAAUUAAGAGCCUGCAAAUAGGCUGAUACAGUGACUAGAAAGGGAUUUAAUUGAAGUUAAAUACAUAGGAAAGGAUGUUUGUUCAUGGUAUGUAAAGUGAAACUAUAUAUAUAUAUCCAUAGAGAUAUUAAUCUCCAAAGAAGGAACAAUCUAAGUAUAUAUAGAUAAAUAAAUAAAUUGAGUCUUUUGAUCUUAAAAUGUAGGUCAAGAGCAUGGGUUAGGCAAAAUAACCUUAUCUCAGGCAAAUAGUAUAAACCUAGGCCUUGAUCUUGUAUGAGAAUAAGGCAGGAUAUAGUGAAGGAGCCCUGUCAAAAAGGAUAAUAACAAUUGUAUACGUUGUUUUGAUUAUUUUGAAAUGUUUAAUAAUCAAAAUGUGUGUGGUUAUAAGUCUGGUGGUUUUAUGAUAUUAAAAAGAGAUGUGAAAAUAGAUCAAGCCUGACUAGAAGGGAGGCCACUAAUUGAAUCAGUCUAUACCAUUGUUGAUUUUGUGUUAGUGGAACAAAAGCAUUCUAUUAUGGGAGAGUCUCUAUAUUUGUGUUUAUAGGAAAGAAGAAAAGGCUUUGUACCCAUCCAGAGUGAUAUGGAUCAGAUAUGACAGGGGAAAACACCCUGAAGAUUUUGGCUACAGAAAAAUGUUUGUGAUAUAUAUAUAUAUAUAUAUAUAUAUUUGUGAAAAUCAAACAGGCAGGAAAUAUGAUUUGCUGAUUCCUCCACAUGGGAACAGCCCUGUAACUGGCCUGGACAUAAAAUGUCUCUAGCCAAAACAUCAGCUAAAAUUAGACAAUAUGUAUAGUUGGUUAUGGAACACUUAAGAUUCAUUGUGUCAUCCUUCCUAUGGCAUGAAUGAAGAAUUAUUACAAUAGAUUAUUGAUCAAAUUAACUCCUUAAAGGAUAGUUGUCUUUUACCUGAUCAAACAAGGAGCACAAAUUAAGCCUUAACUGGUCUGUGUACCUUGCACAAUCCACAUGAAUAUCUUAAUAGUACUGAAAUUUUGGUUGUAAGAUUCAUAUUUUGCAGAAUGUUCCCCUCUGACAAGAUUCAUUGGCAGGGACACUGAGAUGACGUGUUGUUCCAGCUCCCUGCCUCCUGAUGCUGUUUCCAGAGACUUGUUUCCAGAACAGGUUCAGAAAUAGUUGCUGACUUAACAUGGACUCAGUUCAUGUAGCUUUCAGACAGAUAACUGAACUUCAGUCAAACCCUGAGUCUUCUAAGCCUGCAGAGACUGGAAAUGAAUGCUAAAACAUUGAGGUUUUCAUUGGUAAAAAUAUAUGAUAUUGGCACACAAUUUAAAAUUAAUAUGUUUGCUCUUAGAUAGGCAUUGUGUCUAUGCAACUCAUUUAAGAAAAGAAGCCUCUGACCCAGUCCUUCUAUAGCUGCUAUUAUAAUCUGUUUAAAAUCAUUAAGUUAUGCAGUUGAAGGGCCAGAUAGUAAACACAUGGUUAUAUUAGAUUCUGAUUUAUUUAUAAUAAUGUGUUUUCAAUUUUAUUCAAAUAGAAAUGGCUAAGCUUAGACAACAUUUAGCAGUUCAGAUAUACUUUAUAGAGAGAUUUUCUUCAAAAAUAUAAGAAAUCCACUGAAUCUGGCACUUGUAAUCAUUUUAUUAUUAUUAGAAUUUUGACUAAUAGACAUGUCAGCUCUUGACAACACCCCAGUUAUGGUUCAAAGAAGAUAUUGAGCAUCAUAACCUCUAUAUGGAGUUUCUCCAGUUUUGGAAAGAUAGCCACUGGGCAAGAAUUUCCCUAAUUUAUUUACAGACGAAAAUACUGUCAAGGAAAGGACACAAGACUCAGAAUAGUUAACAGCUUAGCUCUGCCAAGGCAAAGUAAACUAGUCCUUCAUAAUAUUUCUGUCAGAGUUUGGUGUGCCAGGACACUGAAGACAGUUGAGCCAACAUUUUGAGAAAUUGGGGCCUGUAUAUGUAGUAGGCUGUCUCUGCAAGUUUUGUAAGCUAUGUUUUAGUGCUUCCCAUAAAUGAAGUAUUUUUCAGAACUCUGAUGUGGUUGAAGGCUUGCUAUAGUCUCAAUAUCACACUUAAAGUUGUUUAGCAUCAAGGAAGAUAAUGUAGAUGUGGAAGGAUGGGUUUUCAGAUGGUAAUGCAAAUCAAAAUCAAAACAAUUCAGGUAUAGGACUGUAAACUCUUUAAGCUAGGAUAGAUGCUAUAGUAAUGUACAUAUAUUGGCAAAAUUGAAGGAAUGGAUGUUAGUGUAUAUCAUACCUUAUAGUUUACAUAACUAUUAUAACUAUAUUCAAUGUAUAUUUGAGAGAAAAGGCCCGCUUAAUGGUCGAAAAAGGUGAAAUAUUGUGGAUUGGUUUUAAUGCUACUUGUGUUAAAUCAGUUCCAAAAUUGCACGAGGUUCACACGUUUGAGAUGCUGUGGAUUCCUAUCCUCAGCUGGUUCUACUGGUACUCUUGCACUCCGCUGUCAGGGAAUAGAGGGAAUUAACCAAUUACCAUUACACCAAAUAUUUGCCUAUCAGUCAUUUUUCAAUAAAUAAGAAAAUAACCACAUUGGAGAGAAACCCUACCAAUGGAAUUAAUGUGAUAAGUCUUUUUUACAACACAGUUAUCCACAAAUAUAUAACUCAUACCAGACAGGAAUCCUGUGAAUAAGCAAUUCGUAAAUCAUUUGCAUGCAGCCACAUUCUUAAAUACCAUGAGUAAAAGUCAUACUGCAGAAGAACCCAUAUUUAUAUUCAGUGUGGAAACAUUUUGUACUUUAAGUUUCCUUUAUACAAGAGUGAUAUGUUCAGUCUAUAAUCAAUCUUAAAUUCUUUGCAUAUCACAGUGGUAUUUGAGGAAGUAAGGAACCACACUGAAGAGAAUCUAUGGCUAUAAAGGAAUUGUUAAGAUCUAUAGCCAACACACAAGAUUAUUUUUCAGGAGAAAAAAAUGUGUCACCAAUCUAUUCAAGCUAUAUAAUUUGAUGUUCCUCUAUAUUUUGUUUGAAAUUGUAAUUAUACUUCUUUUCAAUUACAUAAAAUAUCUCAACCAAGUUUCAAACUUUAUGACUGUGUAUUAAUGCUUUUCAGUUGCUAUGAUAAAACCCAAUGUCUAAAGCAACUUAUAAAAGAAUUUAAUUUGACUUAAAUCUUUAGUGGGAUGUGGGGUCACCUAUGAUGUCACAACACAAGUGUUACAAAUUCCCUCCAGAUGCUGUGAUUUGUUAUGUUGCCUGGCUUGGAUGUCAUUCAUUAUUCAAGGUUAUAUUUUACUUCUUGAUUUUCACAUGUCUAUUGAAUACAAGUCAUAGCAUAGAAGAUGCACCCCAAUGUGUCCUGUUUUGUCAACACAUUUUAACAGUGUAAAUGUUAAAAAGCUUAAUAGAAGAGACAAUGAUAAUCAUGAAAUACUUCAUAUGUGAGCUGGGCAAUGGUGGCGCAUGCCUGUAAUCCCAGCACUCUGGAAGGCAGAGGCAGGCGGAUUUCUGAGUUCGAGGUUAGCCUGGUCUACAGAGUGAGUUCCAGGACAGCCAGGGCUACACAGAGAAACCCUAUCUCUAAAAACCAAAACCAAAUCCAAAAAACCAAAAAAAAAAAAAAAAGAAAGAAAGAAAGAAAUACUUCAUAUGUAUCCAAAACAGCAUUUUUCAUGUUUCUGUUAAAGAUGUCAUUAAACUGGACAAUUAGGAACAAACUGUAUCUCACAGAAUAUCUUGAUUGUUAUUUAUAUGCCCAUAUAUUUUGAUGUUCCAUGCUUCACGCCCCCAUUAGUUACCAGUUGGCACUUCAUCUUGAAGCAUGCCCUGAAUGGGAUUUAUCUAGAGUUGCUCCAUUAUGUAACAACAAUGAGAUGUGUUUUUAAUAAGCAUUUCUGGUGUGUGUGUGUGUGUGUGUGUGUGUGUGUGUAAUGUGUUAUGAGUUUUUAAGCUAAGAAUGAUAGGUGGAGACUGUCUGACAAUUUUGUGGGGUCUGUUUGGCCUUCUUUAUACAGUAGUCAAUGACAGGUUUCCGGAACUGCAUACUGUAGACCUUUCCUACUGAGCCAUCUCACUGAUGUGAAAACAAAAUUAGCUGAAAUAUUGCAGUAGUAAAAUAGCAUUUUUUCUAUUGCAAUUUCCAUAAGAAUCAGCAGAGUUAGGAAAACAAACUCCACAGGCAAGCAGCAGAGUGAGGGACUGUCUCUGCCUUAUUGUGGGGAACUGCCUGAAUAACGAGAUCCAAGCUGUAUGCAUGAUACACAUGUGUAGGGGUGGUGGGCCAGGCCCAGCCAAUGGAUGCUCUUUGGUUAAUAUUUAAGUCCCUGGUAACCCUUAAGGAUCAAAUCAGUUGACUCUGUUGGUCUACCUAUGAAGUUCUUAUUCCCUCCGAUUCCUCAGUCCCUCCUGAAAAUCUUCUGCAAGAGUCCUCCAGCUCCAUCCACUGUUUGGCUCUGAGUCUCAACUUCCAUUUGGACAGUUGCUAUCUGAAGCCUCUAAGAGGACAGUUAUACUUGGCUUCUGUCUGUAAGAAUAACAACAUAUCAUUAAUAGUGUCAGGGGUUGUUUUUUGUCCAUGGAGUGGGUCUGAACUUGGACCCGUCAAUAGUAGAUCAUCCCCUCAGAUCCCAUUCCUUCUUUGUCCCCGCACCUCCUGUAGGAAAGAAGGUAUUGUAGAUGGGUUAGUAUAGUCAUUCCUUCACUGGGAGUCACUUCAGGCUCCAUAGCACACACUCUUGGGAGUGAGUGUAAGCUACAAUCACACUCAUCAGUGCCAUGGAUCCUCCCUCAUUCCAGGUCUCUGGUACAUCCUGGAAAUGUCCUUCACUAGCCUGCUGCUGAUUCUCACUGACUCUCUUCACCAUCUCUCAGCACAUGGGAUCUUCCAACAUCCCUCUUACCUCCUCCUCUCCAACACAGUUUCCUCCCCCAUUCACUUCUGAAGACUGUUACUUCCCUUUCUGAGUGUGAUUCAAUCAUCUACCCUGUGCCCUCUUUAUAAUUUAGCAUCUUUAGGUCUGUGGAUUGUCCCAUCGGUUUCCUGUACUUUGUGGUUAAAAUCCACUUAUAAGUGAGUACAUGCUCUGCAUAUCCUUAUUUUGUGUUACCUCACCCAGGGUGAUAAUUUAUAGUUCCAUAUAUUUGUUGUUCUUGUUAUUAAUAGCUAUGUAAUUUUCCAUUGUACAAAUGAGCCCCAUUUUUUAAAUUUAAUUUUAUUGUUUUACUUAUUCACUUUAUAUCCCUCUCAGUGCCCCCUUCCCAUUCACUGGUCCCACAAUCUUUCUCCCGUCUUCCCUCCUUUUCUCCUUUGGGCAGGUGGGGACACCUGGUUAUCCAUCCCCCACACUGGCAAUUCUGGUCUCUGCCAGCUUAUUCACUUCCUCUCUCCGUGAGGCCAGAAAAGGCAACCGAGCUCCUAGAAUUUAUCCUAAGUACAGGCAAGAGCUUUUGGGAUAGUUCCUGUUCUACUUCUUUAGUAUCUACCUGAAGACCAAGCUGCAAUCUGGCCCAUAUGAGCUGGGAGAACUAGGUCGAGAGCAUGUAUGUUCUUUGGAUGCUGACUCAGCCCCUGGAGCUGCUAGGUUAGUUGAUGCCGUUGGUCUUCCUAUGGAGUUCCUAUCCAUGUCCUUCCUAUUUUGCCAGAAGAAUUCCACUGUUUGACUGUUGGUUUCUGUAUCUGAGUCAGUUGCUAGGUGGAGUCUCUCAGUACAAUGUGCUCCUCGCUGGAAGCACAACACAGUAUCAUUCAUAAUGUUAGAGAUUGGUGUUUGCCCCUGGGUUGUGUCUCAGGCUUGGCCAGUAAUUGGUUUGCCAUUGCCCCAGACUCUGCUCCAUCCCUGGUGCCAGCAUUUACUGUACACAAGAUAAAUUGUGUGUUGAAAGUUUAGUGGAUAGGUUGCUGUCUCCAUCACUUCCCUUGGGAUUACUGUCUGGAUUUAGGUGGCCUCUUCGGGUUAUAUAUCCCCAGUGCAUCAACCCCAUUGAUUCUUGGGUGACUCCAUCAUCUCAAUUCUCUUACACCUUCUUGAGAUGCCCUGUACCUCCUCACCUCGGUAAUCAUCUAGUUUCUUGAGCUCCCUUUUUAGAGUCACUUCAGUCAGGCUACAGGGGAGUUUGAGAAACUGUGCACGACUGCAUUCUCUUUUAUAGAAAAGUGGAAUAAAAAUUUCUCACAGCUUCUGUUACUCAAACAGUAGUUAUCUGGGUAGAAGUUGACCUAAACCAAUUUGUAGACAGAUAUCUGUCUGGGGUCACACUCUCCUAAGUGCUGCUAGGGUUCAGCUCAGGGAUUCACGCUUGCAAGGCAACUCAAAGUUUUACUGCUGGGAACAAACCCCAUGACCAAGGCAAAUAUUGUAAAGAACAUCAUUUAAUUGGGUUUAGCUUAUAAGUUCAGAAGUUCAUUCAAUUAUCAUCAAGAGAGGACCAUGGCAGCAUCCAGGUAGGCAUGGUAUAAGAGGAGGUGGGAGUUCUACAUCUUCAUCUGAAGGCUGCAAGCAGAAUACUGCCUUAGAUGCAGCUCUAAUGAGGGUCUUAAUACCCAAACCCACUGUGAUAUACCUACUCCAACAAGGCCACACUUACUUCAACAGGGCCACACCUUGUAAUAAAUCCACAUCCUAGGCCAAGCAUAUAUAAAGUAUUACACAAGUAAUUUCUUUACCUUGAGUUAUUUACACACUGGUUCAUUUGCAUAUCUAUGGAAAACAUUACACAACAGGUAUAAUUUGUGAAGCUGUGCAAACUUUCUCAAAGAGAAAUGUUCAGGGACUCACCCCGAGCUGUUGUGCUCUCCUGGGGUCUGUGCCCUUUCUGUGUGGAGCAAAGUCUGGUCUUCUCACUCAGCAUGGUGUUUCUAGUGAUUUAGAGUCCAGUCCUUACUCCAGGUGGAACAAAGUUAUGGAUGCCUCCUGAAGUCCAUCUAUCUAACUUCUGUGUCCUGGCUUCCCUGGUAUCUAUCAUCUUCCCCAUUCCCCUCUUCUUCUACCCACUUGUCUUCCUCCUCUUCCUCUUAUUAUCCUUGUUUGAUCUUCUUUUUACUUGCAGUAAACUACACAAUAUGCAUGAUCUACCAUCUUACGACAUUCAAAUAUCCUAUUCAACAGUGUUAAGAACAUGAUAUAUGGGGAAUGGAGAGAUGGCUUAGUGGUUAAGAGCAGUGACUUCUCUUCCCAAGGUCCUGAGUUCAAUUCCUAGCACUCACAUAGUAGCUCACAACCAUCUGUAAUGCAUUCCCUCUUCCAGUGUGUCUGAAUGCAGAGCAUUCAUAUAUAAGCUAUAAUAUAUAUAAUUACAAUUAUAUAUAACAAAUAAAUAAAUAUUUUAAAAAAAGAACAUGAUAUAUAAACGCCACAGCCCAACUACAGAGCAACUUUGAUUUUCCACCCUGAACCUCUGUGUCUACCAAAACAUUAAUUUUCACCUUUACCACCCAACUUUCAGCCUGCGCUCUUCUUUCUGUCUAUGUGAAUUUGACAGCUUUAGGGAUCAUGAAGUGUCUCUUGUUCAUUUUGUGGGUUGCUCAUUGUACUUUGCAUAAAGACCUCCUGGAGGUUUGAAUGAGUGUGGCCUUCCCAGCUCUGAGUAAGCCUUUCCCAUUCUAGAAUGAGCUGAGCAGUUUCCCAGCCUUGAGCAGGCUAAGCAGACCAUGAACAUUUGCCACAACAGGUCUUAUCAACCUGGACAGAGACUUCUGUCUUGGCUGCAGUUGCAGGUUCCCAUUGGAACUUAGCUGUUUUGGCCACCUAUGCUGACCUUGCUGAAGAAGGGGAUGGGUUGUGUGCUUGUUUUCCUUUAUAAACACAAAGGUUAUUAUGAAACUUUGAGCGUUGAUCAGAACAUUUGUCUUGGAUUUAUCCUUCUCUCACCCUUUUUGUUUCUCACCCUUUUCAUUUCUGGUCCCCCUUUCAGGUAAACCCAAUUCGCCCAUGGCUGCUGGACGGCUACAAAUGGGAACACUUGCAAUACACGCUUACGAUUGAAUACUUGUUCCAUAGAUGGAAGGACAAUGUGGGAAGGAGUAGGAAGGUCGGCCUUGUUAGAGAAGGCCUGUCACUGGGAGUAGGCAGACUGUGAGGAUUUCAAAGCACAAACCAUUCUGAGUGGUUUUUUUCUACCUCAU